UACAAUCUUCCUUCUUCGAGUACGCGAACGUUUUUUUCCCCCCUCUCUGUUCUCUCCUCCUCCCUGCCGUCUCUCUUCUUCCUCUUCGUCUCGUGCAACGAAUCGGUCGAAAACCGCACAUCGCACGCGCGCACGCAUACACACGCUCUUUCGGAGGAAAGAGGAAAAACAUCGUUCGGUGACCGAUUGAAAAAUCUCCCUCGUAGCCACACAAUAACGAGAGUUGCGACAUGAGGAGCUGUUUAUCGUCGUUGUACGUGCUGCCCUUCAUCUGCAAUUGCGUCCUCGUUUCCUCCUCUGUGUUGACCACUCUGAAGGCCGAUGGAGGUUUGAGAAUCUUCAAAGACGCGCCAAACGAGUUCGAGGAAGCAUUGAAGAGACACAGCAUCGACUGCCGCUCGGACAAGAAAGAGAAUCUCCAAGGAUGCAGCGGUUCGUUCUUCGUUAGAGACGAGCGUAAUGAUCCCGAUAGAGGCAAAGAAAGAUUUUACAAUGGUGACGGUGACAGAGGUUCGAACAGAUCUCCGCGCACUUGGAAGUCGCCCGACAUUGUGAUCAGGUUCGGCCGAGCAGGCUUCAAGAGCUUGAACAGGGAGCAGAAACGAGGAAGAAACGACUUGAAUUUCAUCAGAUACGGUCGAGGCAUGCAGAUUUAUCCGGACAGUGUCGUGACAGCAAUAUGCUCGAAUCUAUUGUCGAACGAGGACAUCCAACCGUACGAGGCAAGGUUACUGCGUUUUUGCAACAGCCUAAACAAUAAUGACGUCGAUCACAGAGAAAACCUGGACUUUUUCGAGGAUCGACUCGGCACGAAGCACGAUUAAAAAGAAAAGAAACUCUCUUGAUCCAUCGCGCCAAUUCAUCGAGAUUUGUCGUGUGUCGACCUCUCGGGACGACUCGCCUCGCCUUAUUACGAUCUUACAAAUUUUUCCCAUGGACAACGUUGUUAUUGGCCGAUCCAUAUAUCGAGUUACGAGCUUUCCUCGUAAGCUUUCUU